AGUGAGCAGCGCUGCCGCCGCCUCGCUGCUGAGCGGGGCUCGGCGGGGAGCGAUGCAGCUGGGGUUCACAUUCUGAAAACCAUUUGAAGAUAUUCUGCCAUCCUAUUGGAUUACUUUGUUUACAGAACAGAAUGUUAUUCUGCCCUGGAUUUAAUUUGGUGUUUAUGAUUUAAUCCCCCUUCUCUGUAUGUCUAUGUAUUGGUGAAGCAUUGGAGCUCUGCAGGGCUGCUGUUGCUUGUGUGGAAACUGAUCCAUUUUGAAUCCCUUCCAAAGGACUAGACAUUGCUAGCAAUGAGCUCCCAAAGCCAUCCAGAUGGACUUUCUGGCCGAGAUCAGCCAGUAGAGCUGCUAAAUCCACCUAGAGUGAACCAUAUGCCCAGUUCUGUUGAUAUGAACACAGCACUGCCCUUGCAAGUUGCACCAACUUCAGUCCCCAUGGAUCUCCGCUUGGACCCCCAGUUUUCCAUGCCAGUGACGGAACCUACACUCCGAGAACAGCAGCUCCAGCAGGAACUCCUGUCUCUCAAACAAAAACAACAAAUUCAGAGACAAAUCCUUAUAGCCGAGUUCCAGAGGCAGCAUGAGCAACUCUCCCGUCAGCAUGAGGCCCAGCUACAUGAACAUAUAAAACAGCAACAGGAAAUGCUAGCAAUGAAACAUCAGCAGGAGCUCUUGGAGCACCAGAGAAAGUUGGAGCAACAUCGACAGGAACAAGAGCUGGAGAAGCAGCAUAGAGAACAGAAACUACAACAGCUAAAAAACAAAGAGAAAGGAAAAGAAAGUGCAGUGGCAAGCACAGAAGUAAAAAUGAAAUUACAAGAGUUUGUCUUAAAUAAAAAGAAAGCUUUGGCACACCGGAAUCUCAACCAUUGCAUUUCCAAUGAUCCCCGCUUCUGGUAUGGGAAAACUCAGCACAGUUCUCUUGACCAGAGUUCUCCCCCACAAAGUGGAAUAUCAGGCACCUACAAUCACCCUGUCCUGGGGAUGUACGAUUCCAAAGAUGACUUUCCACUCCGAAAAACAGCAUCUGAACCCAACCUGAAGUUACGAUCCAGAUUAAAGCAGAAAGUUGCUGAAAGACGGAGCAGUCCCCUGUUACGCAGGAAAGAUGGCCCAGUGGUUACUGCUCUUAAGAAGCGUCCCCUGGAUGUCACAGACUCUGCAUGCAACAGUGCUCCUGGAUCUGGUCCCAGUUCUCCAAACAACAGCUCUAAUAACAUAAGUGCUGAGAAUGGAAUUACAGGAUCAGUCACAAGUAUUCAAGCAGAGACCAGCCUGGCUCACAGACUAGCGAAUCGUGAAGGCUCAGUAACACAGCUUCCUCUCUACACAUCUCCUUCCUUGCCCAACAUAACGUUAGGACUGCCUGCAACUGGACCCGCCAGUGGGGGAUCAGGACAGCAGGAUGCCGAGAGACUUGCUAUUCCAACCCUACAACAGCGGCUUUCCUUAUUUCCUGGCACCCAUCUCACUCCUUACUUGAGCUCUACGACUUUGGAAAGGGAUGGGGGAACUUCACACAACUCUCUUCUGCAGCACAUGGUCUUACUGGAACAACCAACUGCACAAACUCCCUUAGUCACAGACUGGUAUCUUUCAGGCUUGGGGCCACUGCCCCUCCAUGCACAGUCUCUGGUUGGUGCAGAUCGGGUCUCCCCCUCAAUACACAAACUCCGGCAACACCGCCCCUUGGGGCGCACGCAGUCUGCUCCCCUUCCCCAGAAUGCCCAGGCCCUCCAGCAGUUAGUGAUCCAGCAACAGCAUCAACAGUUCCUGGAGAAACACAAACAGCAAUUCCAGCAACAGCAACUUCACAUUAACAAGAUGAUACCAAAAGCGAAUGAACCAGCCCGCCAGCAUGAAAGCCACCCUGAGGAGACGGAAGAGGAGUUACGAGAACACCAAGCACUUUUGGAGGAGCCAUACAGUGACCGAGUCUCAAGCCAAAAGGAGGUGCAAGGGUUGGCCAAUAUGGUGCAGGUGAAGCAAGAGCCCAUUGAGAGUGAUGAAGAGGAAACAGAGCCACCACCAGAACUAGAGCCAGGGCAGAGGCAAGCUGAACAGGAGCUGCUGUUCCGUCAGCAAGCUCUUCUACUGGAGCAGCAACGCAUUCACCAGCUGAGAAACUACCAGGCAUCCAUGGAGGCAGCUGGCAUUCCAGUGUCUUUGGGAGGACAUCGGCCUCUGUCUCGUGCACAGUCCUCACCCGCAGCUGCCACCUUCCCCAUGUCCGUACAGGAGCCACCCACUAAGCCAAGGUUCACAACAGGCCUUGUAUACGACACCUUGAUGCUGAAACACCAGUGUACCUGUGGAAACACAAACAGCCACCCAGAGCAUGCAGGGAGAAUCCAGAGCAUCUGGUCCAGGCUUCAAGAGACAGGCCUCCGUGGCAAGUGUGAGUGUAUUCGUGGAAGAAAAGCAACUCUAGAAGAGCUGCAGACAGUUCACUCGGAGGCGCACACGCUGCUGUAUGGCACAAACCCUUUGAACAGACAGAAACUGGACAGCAAGAAACUUCUAGGUUCUAUAACAUCAAUGUUUGUCAGGCUCCCUUGUGGUGGUGUUGGAGUUGACAGUGACACAAUUUGGAAUGAAGUUCAUUCGUCUGGUGCAGCUCGCCUGGCUGUGGGCUGUGUCAUUGAACUUGUUUUUAAAGUGGCCACAGGAGAAUUGAAGAAUGGAUUUGCUGUUGUUCGACCUCCAGGUCAUCAUGCUGAAGAGAGUACACCCAUGGGGUUCUGCUAUUUUAAUUCUGUGGCAAUUGCAGCCAAGCUUCUCCAACAGAGACUCAACGUUAGCAAAAUCCUUAUAGUGGACUGGGAUGUGCACCAUGGGAAUGGUACUCAGCAGGCUUUCUACAGUGAUCCUAACGUUCUUUAUAUUUCACUACAUCGCUAUGAUGAUGGAAACUUCUUCCCAGGCAGUGGAGCUCCUGAUGAGGUCGGCACAGGACCAGGUGUUGGUUUCAAUGUUAAUAUGGCGUUUACUGGUGGCCUGGAACCACCGAUGGGAGACACCGAAUAUUUGACUGCUUUCAGAACGGUAGUAAUGCCAAUUGCCAAUGAAUUUGCCCCAGAUGUUGUGCUGGUGUCAUCUGGUUUUGAUGCAGUGGAAGGCCAUCCUACGCCUCUUGGAGGAUAUAAUCUAUCAGCAAAAUGCUUUGGGUACCUGACGAAGCAGCUGAUGGGAUUGGCUGGAGGUCGAAUUGUUCUGGCCCUCGAAGGAGGUCAUGACCUGACAGCCAUUUGUGAUGCGUCUGAGGCAUGUGUUUCUGCUUUGCUGGGAAACGAGCUUGAUCCUCUUCCAGAAAAAGUCUUGCAGCAGAGAGCAAAUGCCAAUGCAGUGCAUUCCAUGGAAAAAGUAAUUGAGAUACACAGCAAGUAUUGGCAUUCACUCCAGCGUUACUCCUCCACGGUGGGGUACUCCUUGAUCGAGGCACAGAAGUGUGAGACUGAAGAAGCAGAAACAGUAACAGCCAUGGCCUCGCUGUCAGUGGGUGUGAAGCCAGCUGACAAGAGACCAGAUGAUGAGCCCAUGGAAGAGGAGCCUCCCAUGUAGCGUUCACCUUUGAGCUGGAGUUCUCCUGUUUGUUCGUCUUUGUCUUGAAGCUC